AUGGCUCCACUUCCGGGGCUCCGGCCACGGCGCGUGCGGCGCGUGCACCUGGCGCUGCCCGCCGUUGCGCUGGGCGUCGUUGCGCUGGGCGUCGUUGCGGGGCCCACCUUCCUGGCACCGAAGAAUGGCGGUCACGGCACUCACGGCACUCACGGCACUCACGGCACUCACGGGGCAUGGCUCGCACCGUGGCUGGCCAUGACCUCCCCGGUCUUUGCCGAGUCCGACGCGGCUUCGGUGGGUUCCGUGGGUUCCGUGGGUUCCGUGGGCUCGACGCAGUCCAUCGAGGACAUGCUGAUGGACCUGCUGAACAAAGCCACCGGUGGUGCCGUGGACGUCCCGACGGAUGGCUCUACGCCUUCCCUUCUUUUCCUGGGCCUAGGAGCUUUCCUGCUUUACGGCGUCUUCGCAGUCCUGAAAUUCGUCCUGGCCGCGGUGGGCGGCUUGUUUGUGGUGCGCGAAAUCGAUCAGCAGUUCGGCAAGGAAGGCCGCAAGACCUCCAAACUGGUGGAGAAGGCCUUGAAGCGCUUCGCCGGUGAACCCGCCGACCUCUUGGAGGAGCGACGGCUGAAGGUCGUGCGCCUCAACGACGAAGUCACGGCCUUCCAGGCCUCGCUGGCGGAGCAGGUCAGUGGCCCCUCAGCGGGUGCUGCGCUGCGUGACAGCGCGCGUCGGAAGCGCUUCGUGGUGCUCUGGCAGCGGAUCUUGGACGACGUGGCCAUGACCGACGUGGAGAGGCAGAAAGUGGAGGAUGCGGUGCAGAAGUAUUUGAAGGAGGAGCGCGAGCGGCAGGAGGAUUUUCGCACUGCCCGAUCUGAGUGGCUCAGUUCGUUGUUCGAGAACUCGUUUUUCGGGACGAUGUCCAACCGCUACCGAGUCACGGGGUCGUUGGACAAGAAGAUCCGUCUGCAGGAGGAGUUGAUUAGCAACAUUCGCAAAGCGCUGCCGGAUCAGAAGAAGUUUUCCAACGUCAAAAAAGUUCUGGGAGAAGUGGAUCUCUCCUGGUUGACCGAUAAAGAUCAAGAUGAUCAUCAGAAAAUUGAGGCGCCAAAGACAGUUUACGUGUUGAGCUUCGAUGGAGAUCCCACGGCUGCGGGCGUUAGUUUACUGCAGCAGGAAGUGACCGCCAUCCUGGAGUCCAACGUCAAGCCUGAAGAGGUCAUCCUGAAGCUGAAGAGCCCAGGAGGCACGGUGACGGGCUACGGCCUGGCGGCGGCUCAGCUGCUGCGCUUCCGGCAGCAGGGCGUCCGGCUGGUGGUUUGCGUGGACGAGUUGGCGGCCUCGGGGGGGUACAUGAUGGCCUGCUGUGCCCACAAAAUCCUGAUCUCCCCAUUUGCGGCCGUGGGAUCCAUUGGUGUGAUCAGUGGCGUCCCCAACGCCGUGGAGCGCCUGGACCGGGAGGGGCUGAAGGUGAUCCAGACCACGGCGGGCAAAUGGAAACGAACCAUCGAUCCUUUCCAGGCGCCAACCCCUGAAGCCUUAGCCAAAGCCGAGGAGGACGUGAACCGGAUCUACCGGCAGUUCUCCGGCUUCGUGAAGCAAAACCGUCCCAAUAUCGACAUCGAGGAUGUGGCCACCGGUGAGGUGUGGUUUGGUGCCGAUGCGUUGGAGAAGGGCUUGGUGGAUGAGCUUCAAACAAGUUCCGAGUACAUCAUGCAGCAGAUCCGAAAUGGUCAUGAAGUGCUGGAAGUUUCCUACAAACAAACAGCUGGAGGUUUGGGUGGUUUGGGCCUGGGUGCUAUGGCAAACCAGUUGGGUGAAGCUCUAAAAGCCAGAGACUCUAUGGCCAACUUCCCCAGUUGGCCCAGUUGGGGCGGCCAGCCCCUGGAGACUGCCACCACCCUGUCGGCGUUGUCGGCCCUACAGAACCUGAGUGAAGCGCAGAGUGAAGCAUGGCCCAAGGGUCUGCCAGAGCCCAAGAUGGAGUCUGCCAGGGCUAAGUGGGAUGUGGAAGCGCGCUUUGACCGAAAUCUGCCGGAAAUCUGAGGCAACCAGAGCCAGUAGACUCUACCGGUUGAACAGAAAGGGCCACAAAGAGGUUUCAUGGCCAUCGACGGAGUUGACGGAGUUGCUGGCAUCCAUGGUGGAUCUCCCAUCUUGCCAUUUGCGAAUCCCUUGCCAUGUCCAGAUUUUCAGCUUGAAAAAUCUCCCAGUUUUCGGCCCGGGCCCUUCGGUUUGGGCCUCGGAAAACCCUGGCAGCGCGAUUGC